UGCAUAUCUAGACUAGAAAGCGGAGGGAAAAACAAGCCGUAGUAUACAAGCCGUGGAGCAGCUGAAAUCUUGCAGUAAAUGACAAGCAGUCGCAGAAGUGCGGAGGUAGAGCCACACACUUUGGACUUACUUUCACCUGAUACUUCACAUACACAGACAUCUGACCAUAUUGUCAGUUUUCAUUCAGUUUCACCACAGCUACGACAGAAAAGUGUGAAGAGGAAAUUGUGAGAAGUUAGGAAGAAGAUAAUGCCCAACAAACCGCGGUUCAAUCAUCAGAAGAACAAGAAGAUGAAGAACAAACAGGAGGAGUCUCAAACUAAAGGGUCAAGAGACACAAACACAGUGAAGCCUGAGAGAUGCAACAGCAUGGAUCGUCUUUCACCCACGCUCUCUCGUGAUCAAGCUGAAGAGGCUCAUUCUAAUGAAUCAGAGAAGCUCCAGGAUGAGGGAGGUGUUCAAGGCCAAACACAGACAGACGGGGAAGAAGGUGGCUUUAAAAAAAGUACUUAUGGAGAAUGAGAAAGAAGGGUUUCCCAUCACUGCUCUGAGGGAAAUCAAGAUCUUACAGCUGCUGAAACAUGAGAAUGUGGUGAACCUCAUUGAGAUCUGCAGGACAAAAGAUGAUGAGAGAGAUGAGAACUCCUGACCAGUCUUGUGGACUGAAGGUUAGGCUAUGGAGUUUUAAAACAGGCACUCUUAAAUGUGCAUUAAUAAUUGCCAGCUGAUAAAACCUGUGCUUCAGGGACCAUAAUAGUAGAAAAUCAGUCCAGUCUCCCCAGCUGUAAAUGUAAUUGGCCGUCUUGUGUUGCUUAUUAUAAAUUGACAUGUUGAUAUCACAUAAGCAGUCUUUCAGAAUGCUGUCAGUUACAUGUAGAUGCAUACUGUACACAUUAGUGAGUGGUGCUUAUGGGGUGUUGCUUUGGGACGGGUGAGGGAGGUAAAAAUCACAGUAUGCUCACUACAAAAAACUAGACUACACCACUGCGCAAAUGUCUCAUUAAAAAUGUCUAACUCAGUCAAAAUAAAUGCAGUAUCUUCAUCUAGGGGGCUUGAAUGUCAAUUGCGUGACUUCUGCAUCUCUUUUGACAAUGAAAACAACUGCAAAAUGUUCUUUAAGAAGUCUAUAACAAGACCCAGCCUUUGAAACUUAGAUAGAAGAUUGUAUUUAUUUUAAACUAAAUUAUGUAUUGGUACCAAAAAACUUACAUAUGUAAUUAGAAAGAAACCCUUUGAUUUUUUUUUUAUAUCUGGGAGGUGUUUUUAGACUGUUAAAAAUGGAGAUAUUGAAGAUGCUUUAGAUGUGUGGAGUUAUGGAAUAUUAUUACUGAUUGAUUUAUUUGUUUAUUUUUAUUUUUUUAUUUAACCUGUCUGGGGUAAG